CCGGCUCUACCACUGGUUAAGCAAUGGUAAAUACCACUAUGAGAGGCGGACAGGAAGGGGAGGAGCGCCAGAGGCGGCUGGGGCCGCUCGCCGCACUGCAAGAAGCGACAGCAGCGGGAGGCGCAGGUGUGAGCCCGGAGGUGGCUUUGGCCCUGGUCCUGGCGGUCACUUAGGGGUUCGCGGGGCCUGCGGUGACCCCCGGCUCCAGACGGUGGGCGGCCAGCGACAAAGGGCCCAUGGCCUCAGCUGCGGCUCCGUCUUCCCUGGCCGUCAGGGCCCCGAACCCGGUCGCGACCCCCACCUCGUACGGGGUCUUCUGCAAGGGGCUCUCCCGCACCCUGCUCGCCUUCUUCGAGCUGGCCUGGCAGCUGCGCAUGAACUUCCCGUACUUCUACGUCGCGGGCUCAGUGAUCCUCAACAUCCGCCUGCAGGUACACUUUUAGAGCCGUGACUAAGCUGCCGGUCUCCGGGACCGGCGCGAUGACCGAUUCCCAGGGGGGCCCGCGCCGUAACGGAGCUGCAGGCGAAGGACCCCGUAGUCUCGCGAGAGUGCCCGGGCGCCUUCCGCGGCUGCGCUCUGCGUUCCCAGCCGAGCUCAGUGGAGGGUGGCGGAAAGGCUGCAUCUACCGGAAAGGGGAAAUGCGCGGUUCCGGGAGCGGAGGACUUGGUCAGGACCCCCCGAAGGUGUAAGAAACAGACUCCGGACGAAUUUCAGGAAGCGAUAAAGAGUACAGGAUGCAUUAUCUAAAACGAAAUGCCGGGAAGGCCAAAUAUUUUCAGGAAGAAAAUCAAACUUUCGUAAUACUGGAUUGAAUGAUAAGCAAGACUUGAAUAAGAAGCCGAAGAUGUGGAGGAUGUGAUAUGGAAGGCGUAUAUUUUAUCAUCCCACAAGAAAAACUUUCAGUGAAAAACCCAAAACUGUACAGGAAAAUCAUCUUCCAAAUACCAAACACAGAAUGCUGCAGGAUUUUGAACAAAUGGUAGGAGUGCAAGAAAAUAAACUUUCACUUCAAUGUUCCUGUGAACAGCAUGUGGAUCAAGACCUUGGAGCCAAAGAAAAGGAAACUUUGUUGUAGCAGACAGCUUGGCUGUUCAGUAAAUAACAUACAAGUAAUAAUGUAGAUGUUUAUGGUUUUUAUCCUGUUUAGGGCAAUACUUAAUUAUGGUUACAAAGUAGAAUGCAAAUGUUAUCUGCUGAGUUUUAAAAAUACAGUUGGGAAUACAGAAUGUUAAGGAAGAGAAGACAAGGGUAAAUUGGUUGUAGUGCCCUUAUAAAGUGAGAAAUUGAGAAAUACAGAAUGUUGUUGGGGGGCAAAGACAUUACUUUCAGGGUAGCCUUGUAACUGUCCUAAAGAGGGAAAGAGGUAAGGGAAAAGAGCAUGAAGUCAGCAAGAAAUGCCUAAUGAUCUUGAUUUCAGAUGGGAUGUCUCAAAAAGAAAAAAGAGUAACUGGUGUAUUUUAACAUGGGCUAGAGAUUUUUCAGAGACCCUGGGACUGAAUUAGUAGAGUUUUCAAAACUUUUCAAAACCUGAGUUAGUUAUGAACCCCAGGAAAAUAUUAAUAAAAAUUCAAAAACAAUACAUACAUUAACUGUGAAUAAUAAUCAUGUAAGUCAGUUAUAAUUAUAUAAAUAUUGAAUGUUGCUUUAACAUGAAGUGAUUGUAUAACAUUGAAAGGAUGAGAAAGAACAGACAAAUGUGUGUGUGAUGAUGGAAGGUCAGACCUAAUACAGAAAAGUCAAAGCAGUACAGAUGUAUUUUUUUAAAUAAAGUAAAUAAAAAACAGCUAAGAAUUAAAAAGUCUUGAGAAAGGAAAUCAAGGGUAAGUAGAGAAAAGCAAAGGCUUGCUGUUUUUCACUGGCAGUCUAAUGGUAUUAUUUGAUUAUCUUUGGACAUACGUAUUUGCUUUCCUUUCACUAAAAACUGAUUUAAAUAAAUUUCAUUUUUAAAAGUUCUCCAGGGCGGUGCCUGUAGCUCAAAGGAGUAAGGCACCAGCCCAAUAUGCCGGAGGUGGCGGGUUUAAACCCAGCCACAGCCAAAAACCACAAAAAAAAAAAAAAAAAAAUCUCCAGAUAAUUCAAAUGUGUACCACUGGUUAGGAGCCACCAGAGUAGAAUGGGAUUGAGUUCCUAAAUCAAGCAGAUCUGUGUUAAAGUAAAAACUGUAUUCUGUGGCUUUAGGUUGAGUCCAUUCAACAGUUCAAUUACCCCAUUGUGAUUCUGAAAAUUGGAAAUGUGCUUGCUUCAGUGUUUGUUAUGUACACAAUAAGCAGUAUUUGUUGUAACAGAAUAACCACAUUAAAAUGUGAUUGAAAUGUAAAACACACAUAUGGAAAGCCUGCUUUUCCAGAGGUUUGCAGUCAGAAAGGAGACAAGUAGAGUACUGACUUGUCAGAGGAUGGGGAAGGAGCCUCCAGGAUCAUUUUAGGUGAGACAUUUGAGUAGAAAGGGGUCAUUAUUCCCAAAAGUAAAGAAUUAAACUAGUUGCAGUGUUCUGUAAUAUAUUUCACUCAUUGAGUCCAGCAAACAAUAUUUAGCGGUUUUAAUAUAAGCAUCCAGCUCCGGCCAGCAUCGUGUAUUAUUUGAGGUAAUUAUUCUUUAUGUUCUUGGUCCCUUCCCUCCAGCCAAAUUCUACUUAGCACAUCUCUUCUCUCUGCCUCCUCUGCCCUUUGUCUGCCUAUAAAUGUUCUACUUUUGUUUUAAGACUGAGCUUAGAUGGCAAUUUUUCCAUUAAAUUUAUCCCACAUUU